UAAAGUAAUUGUUUAUCAUUUGUGUUAUGAAUUAAUUUAUCUAUUCAAGUUUAUUUCUGAAAUAUAUUUCUGCAAAAUGGAACAACUACAAAUAUCUUUAUCAGCCCUUAAAGUAUUACGAUCAAGUGUAGGUCAAGUAUUUUAUUCUCUUGCAAAUGGUAUAAGAGCAGAGCAUGGAGAAGACAAUAAAGAAAAUAAAUAUUUAUUGGAACUUCAAGAACUUCUAACUACUGUUGGCACAAAUUUAAGAGAUGUUGAACAAGCUGUAAACUCAUUAAAUCCACCACCUGGUCCAUUUAAUUUAGGAAAUACGGCUUAUCUUGGUCAAGAAACUACCCAAGAUCGUCAAGCAUUAUAUGGUACAUUGGUAAAUGUUUAUAAAUGGACGGAUAAAGCACAUGAAUAUAGUAAUGCAGCACAUCAAAUUUUAAGCCAAAAUUCAUUAAAACGUUCGUCUAUGAACUCAAAUCGUGCUAAAAGAAAUAGAAUACAAACAGGAGCACAUAAUUUUUCUCCACCACAAGUUGAUCAAGUAAUGGCAUCUUUCGAUCGAUUGUAUAGUGAUAUGUCUAUUUCAAUUACAAGACCAUUUACAUCAAAUGCAGUCAUACAUGUAACAUUAGGACACGUUUUAAAGGCAAUAAUAGCUUUUAAAGGCCUUAUGAUGGAAAGAGUUGUUGUUAAGAGCUAUAACGAACAGCUUGAUCUGUGGUCAGAAUCACGAUACAAAGUUUUUCAAAGAGUAACCGAUCACGCUCAUGCUACUAUGUUACAUUUUUAUAAUCCUAAUUUUCCAGAAUUGACACUGAAAUCUUUUUUUGCUUGGUUCCACAGUUUCAUCAGCUUGUUUAGUGAUUCCUGUAAACGAUGUGGACUUUACUUACACAGUGCCUUACCCCCAACAUGGCGAGAUCCAAAAUCACUAGAUCCAUAUCAUUUUGAAUGCAAACCAUAAAACAAGAAAUAGUUUCU